CUGAGUCCCGAGCAGAGAAUUCCCUCACUCACUCCACGAUAUCUUGCAUAUUAGAAACGUCGGCGUAUAAGGCGGUCGCCAUACAUUCAUUCCACGGUGCUCGUAUGAGUGUGUAAGAGAUUGGACUUCUCCCCACACCGGGAGUCGGUUCCCUAGCGCGGAAAAGUAACACUUGGAUGGAGCUCUGUAGAUCGAGGAAGAUAACGGAACGACCUUGAGAAAGGAGGAUGACACUUUAUAUUGAUUUAUUUAUCUCUUAUUACCGGUGCUUUUUUGGUUCCCUGUCAAAGUUUUAAGGAUCAGAUGGAAUGGAAAUAAUUCGCGUAUGUCUCCUGCCACGUCUGGACCGUUGUAAAAACUCUUAAGAAAGAAUGAAGUAACCGCUAUGGAGCCGGACAAUGCCCCGUACUCCAAACUCAAAACAUCUGGAGUCGGGGGGAGAGCUCUGAUACUCUGGACUAUUCUCUAUUGUACCUGUUUCCUGGGCCUAGCUCAAGCACACCCUGAAGAUGUGGACGUCCUACAGCAGCUGGGGCUCACAGGGACAAGGACCGGAGGGGGUUCAUCGUCCCCAGGGGCCCGCGCUGCUCCCCAGGGGGUCAUCCCCUUUAAGUCUGGGGUCAUCCUCACCCAGCGGGCCCGGGUCCAGGCCCCCCUGUCUUCCGUCCUCCCCCCGGCCUCCUACCCCACCACCAACCUCUCUCUGAUCCUCAGCCUGAGCUCCCACCGCGUCAACAGCGCCUUCCUCUUCACCGUCCUGUCCAAGAGGAGGAGACUGCAGCUGGGGGUCCAGUUCAUCCCGGGGAAGGUCCUGGUCUACGUUGGCCAGAAGGACUUGGUCCGUUUUGACUAUGAUGUUCACAACGGCCUGUGGCACAGCCUGGCCCUGGACAUCCGAGGCCAGAGGGUCUCGUUAUAUACUUCUUGUGGGAAGACUAGUGUACAUGCAGAUCUGCAUUCUAAAAAAGAAGAGGCCCUGGAUCCCGAGGGCUCUUUCCUUUUGGGUAAGAUGGCCCAGAACUCGGUGCAGUUUGAGGGCGCCAUUUGCCAGUUUGAUAUUUACCCCUCUGCCAAGGCAGCUCAUAACUAUUGUAAGUACAUAAAGAAACAGUGCAGGGAGGCCGACACCUACAGGCCCGUAAAUCUCCCACCCCUGCUACCUCUGAUCCCCUCAAACCCAAACCUUACUGUCACCUUCCACACUCCUCUGCUGCCAACUGAGGUAACCAGGAAAGCCCAGAGUCCUAGUCUGGUCUUGGCUGGGGACAGAACCAGGACUGAGCUUGUUGUCCCGACUAACCGCCCCACAGUGGCGCCAACCCUCUCUGUGCGUGAGAGUUUUGUCACACCAAAGUCUGGAACUAUGUCCCUGUCCCUUCCUGCGACUGUCGCCCCGACAACGGCCAGGCCAGGAUUAGAGCGCCCCUUAGUGGCCAAGACUCAAACUAUUACUGUACCCCUUAGGACCAGCGGAACACAAACAUCCCCAAAGCCAACACCCCAUGGCGACAGCAGUGCUAAAAAGAGCACGGCGGUGGAACCUGGUGUUAAAACGCCGAAGCCCACAGGGAGCAGAUUGGCUGCUGCACCAACCCUUUCCACCACCCGGCCACUAAAGAAGAAGCCGGACCUCCAAACCACAGCAGCAUCCAAACAAGGCACUUCUUCUUCUUCAAACUCAAACACCUCCUUCCUCUCCAUCCAGAGGAAGCAGCUGACCGCGCAGGCUGCAAAGAAACCUGAGCCCAAAGUGACCAGUGUGGAGGCUGUCAAACCCAACUUGUUUAUCUCUGUCACUCCGCCUGCCACAGAUGGCUUCCAAACCUGGGACCUGGAACCGACCCAGUUCUCACUGCUGGCUGGGCCGGGACCACCUGGACUAAAGGGAGAACCGGGACCCGCGGGACUUCAAGGACCUCCUGGGAAGCCAGGGAUGCCAGGGAAGAGUGGGUCACGGGGUCCUCCUGGUCCCCAUGGAAACCCUGGUCGCCCCGGACCCCCCGGACUCAAGGGACGAAAAGGAGACCCUGGCCUUUCACCUGGCAGAGCACCAAAAGGAGAAAGAGGAGACCCUGGCUCUUCAGGACCCCCUGGACUGACUGGUCAAGUUAGCAGAAAGGGACAGAAAGGUCACCCUGGUCCCCCCGGUCAACCAGGAGAUUCUGGCGAGCGAGGAGCAGACGGAAGCCCAGGGGCCAAAGGUUAUCCUGGCAGGCAGGGUUUACCUGGGCCUGUUGGAAUUAUGGGGCCCAAAGGUGUCCGGGGUUUCAUAGGAAUCGCGGGGCUUUUUGGCCUUCCUGGACCUGAUGGUGAAAGAGGAAUUCCUGGUGUUCAUGGCAAGAAGGGCAAGAUGGGUAGGCCGGGGUUUCCCGGGGACUUUGGCGAGCGGGGACCACCAGGACCAGACGGAAACCCAGGCGAGCUGGGAGCCCCUGGUCCUAAUGGAGUUCCCGGCCUCAUUGGAGACAUGGGUCCUGUAGGGAUGAUGGGUUUGCCAGGACCAUGUGGACUCAAGGGGGUACCAGGAAACCCAGGGGAACCAGGACUGAAAGGUGAUAAGGGUGAAGUUGGUCUUCCAGGAGAGCAAGGAGAGAAUGGAUUCCAAGGUGACAAGGGUAUCCAGGGUUCACCUGGGUUGCCAGGCAUUCAAGGGAAACCAGGGCCACAGGGGGUGAACGGUGACCAAGGACCUGAUGGUAUACCUGGCCCUCCCGGCCAAGAGGGAUUCCCAGGAGACAUCGGCCCACCAGGUCACAAUGGCCCUGAAGGCCCAAAGGGGAAGCCAGGGAACAGAGGUUUACCAGGGCCUAGAGGAACAGCUGGACUAGAGGGUGAUGAGGGGCCACUGGGACCACCUGGGCCAACAGGACCGGAGGGCAGACCUGGAAGGCAGGGAUUCCCGGGGGAAACAGGUCCCGAAGGAUUGAAGGGCGAGACUGGAAUAACUGGAGAGGUCGGAAAGCUUGGAGAGAGGGGGCUCGUGGGUUUCAUCGGUUCUAUUGGGGAGACAGGCCUCGCAGGAGAAAAGGGGGACCGUGGGGAGAUGGGCUUGCCUGGACCGCCAGGGGAAAAGGGGGCGAUGGGUCAUCCUGGAACUCCUGGACAGUGUGGCCCCUCUGGACCUCUAGGGAUACCAGGCCAAGCCGGAUCAAGGGGUCUCGGUGGGAUCAGAGGACCCAAAGGCAGGAGGGGUCCGAGGGGUCCUGAUGGUCCAGCUGGGGAGAAGGGGUCAGUUGGAGGAAAGGGUACUGAUGGUCCACCAGGAAAACUAGGCUUCCCAGGGGAGAUGGGAAAGAUUGGGGAGCCUGGGGAACCUGGGCCUAAAGGAUUUCCAGGUCGCCAAGGACUCUCAGGACCUCCAGGUGCCAAAGGAAUAGCAGGAGAGCUGGGACCAACUGGGCCACCAGGAACAAUGGGUCCACUGGGAGAGAUGGGCCUCAAGGGUCCCCCUGGAAAGGUUGGGGAGUGGGGAUUGCCAGGAGAACCAGGAGAGAAGGGUGCCCUUGGACCAGCAGGAAACCUCGGAGAGCAGGGCUUCAUCGGACAGAGGGGUGAGAUGGGGAUCGAUGGGGAGGCUGGUCAGAGUGGACCUGAUGGACCCAAGGGCGAGAAGGGUGACAUGGGACCUGAGGGGGGUAAAGGAGAGAGGGGUGAGAUCGGACUGAAAGGAAAGGAAGGGUCUCCCGGACCUCCUGGCUUAGUGGGCUUGAGGGGUCAGGAGGGUAAACCUGGCAAGUUUGGUGAAAGAGGAAAACCAGGGGAGAAGGGCAGCAAGGGUCAUAUGGGUCACCUGGGAGAGACUGGGCCAAUCGGUAAACAAGGAGAGGCAGGAUUCGUCGGGCCGAAAGGAUCGAGAGGAACCAUUGGACCAGUGGGCGCCCCGGGUAGAAUGGGCCAACAAGGCGAACCAGGCAUGACAGGAUACGAGGGCCACACAGGACGACAGGGCCCGCUGGGACCUCCUGGACCAAAAGGUGAAAAGGGUGAACAGGGGGAAGACAGUAAGGUGGAAGGCCCUCCUGGUCCACAAGGUGACAGAGGUCCUACUGGAGACAGGGGAGACCGAGGAGAACCAGGUGACCCCGGAUACUUAGGCCAGCCAGGAGUGGACGGAGAAAGAGGCAAGGCUGGAGCAACUGGACUACCUGGACAUCCUGGGCAAAGGGGAAUACAGGGGCCGAAAGGAUCCAAAGGUGAUCAAGGUCAGAAAGGCAAAUGGGGGAAGCGAGGUGAAUCUGGGACCAAAGGACCACCGGGUCCAGAGGGGCCUCCUGGCCCAAAGGGAGUUGUGGGCAGAGAGGGCCUUGAGGGCCAGCCUGGAAUGGACGGCCCUCCUGGGAAAGACGGAGACAAAGGAGUAAAGGGGGAGCAAGGGGACGACGGAGAGUUUGGCAUUAUCGGCAAAGCUGGAAACCACGGUAAAACAGGCGUACCAGGGCUUCCAGGCGAUCAGGGCUCCUUCGGACCGAAGGGUGAGAGGGGUCUCCCAGGCCAAAUUGGACCUUCAGGGAAAAGAGGCCACAUUGGUGGAAUGGGGUUGCCAGGGAAACAAGGUGACCAGGGGUCCAAAGGACAGCCUGGUGACACAGGUGAAUCAGGGUACCCAGGGGUUCUCGGAAUGUUCGGACCAAAGGGACCUCCAGGAGAUCUGGGCCCAGCCGGGAUACAAGGACCAAAAGGGCCACAUGGAUUGAUGGGUAAUGUUGGUGCCAUAGGCCCAGUUGGUAUCAUCGGCCCCAGUGGUAGUCCAGGACCCCAAGGUGACAAAGGGAGUCGAGGGGAGAUGGGGGUGCAAGGACCAAGGGGCCCUCCUGGUCCUCGUGGACUGCCUGGGUCCCCAGGUCUCCCUGGUUCUCUGACAUUUAGAAAGGAGGCUAUUGGAGCUGCUUUCCAAGUCAUUAUUGAUUCCCAUACUGCACUGAGGUCAGAGAGUUACCAUGACAUGGACCUGCCCAUGUUGGACCAUCAGGGUACAGAGAUCUUCAAGACCCUCCACUACCUCAGCACACUGAUCCAGAGCCUGAAGAACCCGCUAGGCACCCACGACAACCCCGCACGCGUCUGCCGAGACCUCAAGGACUGUGAACAGAGGAUGAACGAUGGCACUUACUGGAUCGACCCAAACCUCGGCUGCUCGGCUGACACAAUCGAAGUGACAUGUAACUUCAGCAGCGGCGGCCAGACCUGUCUGAAACCCAUCACAGUAUCCAAGCUGGAGAUUGGUGUAGGUCGCAUCCAAAUGAACUUCCUCCACCUCCUGAGCUCUGAGGCGGUGCAACACGUCACCAUCCACUGCCUGAACGUCCCUGUGUGGGCCAACAGCUCCUCCCUGGAGCCCUCUCCCACCGCUGUGAGCUUCAAGGCCUGGAGCGGAGACAUGAUCCAGGCUGGAGGACUCUUAGAGCCCCACAUAGUGAGAGAUGACUGCUGGAUCAAAGAUGGCCGCUGGCACCAGACCCAUUUCAUCUUCCAGACCCAGGACCCCAACUUACUCCCUAUCCUGGACGUGUAUAACCUACCAGCCACAGAGCCUGGCUCGCACUACCACCUAGAGGUGGGCCCUGUGUGCUUCUUAUAGAGGCCUGUUGUUAUAGAAACCCAAAAUACAGUACAUACACAGCCUCCUCAUAGGAGUGACUUAAGGGGGGAUGGCGGAGGUUAGGAGGGGCUCCCUGUCCCCAUAUACUGGGGCCCAUCAGAAGAUGCAGGGCAGGUCAGGUCCCUUACCCUCCAGCAUAUGCUCGGACUGCAGAAACAUAAAGGAGGCGCCAUUGAGGGACGGACCAGGAGAAACUGCAGAGAUACUGGGGCGUCUCGCACUAUAGUUCCUACCGCCUGCCCGAGGAGAAGAUAUUAAGCUUUGGCUUCUUUCAGGGACUUGUUUUACUGUUGCACGGCACGAGCCCUGAAUGCCAGAGUGAGAGAGAAAAAUAAUAUGACAAUCUCUCUUCUGACAUCAUCACACUUGGACAACGUUUUUUUUAACUUAUUCCUUUUCAUGGUCUGAACUCAACAUGUAAUGAAAGAUGUGUAAAGUGAUAGGAAACGAUUAUACAUGUAUUAGCAUAUUAUGCAGUACAUCUUGUCUUUUUAAAAUGUCAUACAUACACAUAUAUUAUUUAUACAUGUUAUAUGUAUAUCUUAAUAUAAAAGUGCAAUAUAUAUAUCUCGUUCUGCAGUUUUUCAAAGCAAUUCAGGUUUACAGUGAUCUCAAAACAUUGGAUAUAAUAUUAUCAUAACAUUCAGGUGUAGGCAUAGUUCCUAGCAUACAUCCACAGGUGUAUGCUUCCCAUCCAUCUUCUCCUGCCUAGUCUGCAGAUGAGGUAUGAAUCUACUUGUGACUAGGUGCAGACGAAAUGCCCACCAGUCAUGAAAAACUAGUGAAUUGAAGCUUGAGGUAAGAGAGUGGAUCCAGAAGUGUCAGAUAGUCUGCCUACCUCCCAUCUCUCAACUAGCUUCGGUGCUUUCAAAUAAAAAAGAAACAGAGAUGAUGAUACCUGAUACCUUCAGCUAAAAUAAUUAACUGACUCCUGUGGUGGGUCUUGUUUAAUCCUGACAGAAUAUAUCUACAUGCCUUUUAUACUUCAAAAGGGAAUAUUUUUUUAUACAUUAUGAAUGCAAAGAAGAAGAAAAAUUAUUACAUUCACUUUUCAAGCUAGCAAAACAGCGUUUUCCCCCUGCAUCAUUAUUUUACCCCCUUUCUACGAGUCUGAAGCUAUUAUGGAAGAUGUAGGUCUUAUUUUUACGAUUUGUUGAAAAUGUAUAAAUGUGUAUAAUUAUGCAAAGCUUUGUUUUAUACAGUGGAUCCCAACAUGCUAAUUUAUGUUAUUUAAUGUCCAUGGGUUUUGCGACUAUCUGUCAUCUAUUACACUUCCUAUCAUCAGCAGAGCAUUUUUUUUAUUUUGUAUACAUUUGGGGAUUCAUGGAUUUCGUUUUAUAUUUGUUUGUUUUAAAAAAUCAAAACUGUACUGUAUUUGGACCGUUUUCAAUGCUUUUACACCUUACUGUUUUACACCUUAUUGUUGACCAUGUUUGUGAUACUCUACAGGCCAACCAACCAUAAACUCAGAAUACCUCUCAUAUCACACAACUCAAAAGAGCCCUACAUUUGCAUUUCUUUCAUUACUAUAAGCAUAACACAUUUACUGAGUGAAACAGCAGAUUUAUGUUUAGGGGAAGGGAUAGAUGUUAUUAGUGGUUAUAAUGUUCAUUCAUUCAUCUUUGCAGGUCCUCUGUCUGUCAGCUUCAUAAUAUUGCAGCUUCUAGUUUUCAACACUUUCAUUUUCUUCAACAUUCAGGUGUUCAAUAAAUAUUUGAAACCCAAGAAGAUCAA